CGAAGAGUGGGGAUUCGUAAUUUCAGCCACUAGGAUGGCGGGUGACAACACUGAAAUAGACUUGUAUGAUAAUAUUGAUGAAGACUUCGUUCAAGAAUGCACUGACCUCACAGAACUGUACGACGAUGUUAUAGCACCAAUUAAGUCUGAAAAUCCUUCAGGUGUUCCAUCUUCUAUGGCUAACAAGCAUUCUUUUGGCUCUUCAGCUCAUUCAGGGCGUCGUGUAUCAGUCUAUGUUGGUAAUUUAACCUGGUGGACAACAGAUUUGGACUUGCUAGAAGCAGCAGCGGGUGUCGGUAUUAACGAUGUUAUUGAAAUAAAGUUUCAUGAAAACCGUCAGAACGGCCAAUCUAAGGGGUUUUGCGUAAUGGUUUUUGGGUCGGAACAGUCCAUGCGUUUGGCAAUGGAAAAGUUCCCAAAAAUAGAUCUCCAUGGCCAAAAUCCUGUUGUCACAAGUUACACAAAACAUAACUUGAGCGUUUUUGAGAAAGCAGCUGGUAACGAUAAUCAAGCUACUGCCCGACCGCGUACAGAGGAAAUGCAAACAAUGAAGGUAUCUGGAGCAGGCACAACCGGUGUUCUGGGGAACCGCCUACCACCUCCAUUAAUGGCUACGCCUACUAUGCCCGCAUCACUCGGCUUCAGUGUACGCAAUAACAGCCCCUUGAUGGGACAGGUUGUCCCAAGCGUUCGAAAUACAGCAAAUUUGUCCUCUAGCAUUCAGCAAGCUCUUGCUAAUCACAAUGCACACUCCAGCUUGAGCGGAAAUUCAGGUCUAAGUCAAUUACCUCUGAACUUUCCGGGCUCCACUGGCGUACUUAUGCCUCCGACUGGACUUUCGACUGCAAACUUAGCAGCAAAUGCUACAGGUCUGUUACCCUCAAACUUCACUCUUCCUAGCACAAUCGCAACAUCACUUGCAACAAAUGCUCAUGUCAACCCAAAUUUUUUAACUCAACAAGUGUCGGCAAAUGCUCCUAUGUUACCAAAUUCCUUACCACCUGGUGUAAUGCAGUUGCCCACUCAGAACAACGACUCCAGCGUACGUCCACAGUUUGAUCACUACGGAAGGCCGGUUAUUCAUACUUAUACUCCUCCUGUUGCAGGAAAGCUCUCUGAAUCGGAGUUCGAAGAUAUUCUACAAAGAAACAAGACGGUAUCCUCAAGCGCUAUUAAUAGAGCCGUGCAGGAUGCUGCCGGUGGGGAUUAUGCAAGUGCUAUUGAAACAUUAGUAACUGCAAUAUCUCUUAUCAAGCAGUCAAAAAUAGCUAAUGAUGACCGAUGCCGAAUUCUGAUCAAUUCUCUUCAAGACACUUUACAUGGUAUUGAAUCGAAGUCUUAUGGUGCUAAGAGCAGUAGUCGAAGACGUCGCCGUUCGUAUAGUGACAGUGGCAGUGAUGGUGAAGGAAAUUACAAUAGUUCUAUCAGUGGUAGUAACAAUAACACUUCUCGCCGCCACAGAGACAGAAAUCAUAGGUCUCGAUCUCGAGACCGGCACGAUCGACAUGAUCGUCACGACCGCCGCAGACAUUCGCGCGAAAGAGGGUCUGGGAGUGGCAACACCUACUAUGGCAUUGGAUCCAGUGUACCUCUUUCUAGUGGAUCUGGUUUGUCUGGAAUCCAGUCAGUAGACGGCUCCGGCCAAACAUGUGCUGGAAGUCUUGGGAGUAGUGGAGACCGAUAUCGAGACAGUAGAUACAGACAUUAAUCCUAGCUGUAUACUCGUCUCAUUUGGUGACCAGUUUAGCAGUACUUAUGUUUUCUAAUUAACUUUUCAAUACGUCAUUUGUUCUCCCCAAUCAUCUGGUUGUAUAGUUUGGUCACAUUUCAAUAACUGUUGACUCAGUUCAUUGCUGCUAGCUUUUAUGUUCACUAUUUUCGUUGUACUGGUAGAAUUGGAGCUCAGGAGUGUUACAGGCAAGUGAAAUCCUAUAAUAUAUGUUUAUUCAAUCUUUUUAGCUUGUCCACUUACUCAGUGAUCCGGUUACCAUUGGUGCAUAGUUUUGAGUGUAUUUGUAAUUAUCAUUUUGUACAUUGUAAUCUUGUUAUUCCAUUUUGCUGUACUGUUUUGUAUAUAUCACUUAUUACUGAUUAUGUUUUGGUUGCAUGUAUUGACAUCUCUUUAACAUAGAAUGAUCAUCGGUUAACUAUUGGAUGAGUGUAUAUCCAAUUUGAUUAAUAUUGCUAACUUCUCUCUUGAUAAUUAUGUAGAUAUUUUCCCGGACAACUUCAUUCAAUGUACAUUUCCAAUUUCUCCUGUUCCUAUAAAGUGUGUAUAGUUUCUGUAUAUUAUUAAGACGAAAAACAGUUUAUUUAAUAUGGCAUUGUAAAGCCAGUGUUCAUAUUUAUGUAUAUAACAGCUGUUCCACAUGUUGUAAACAGAUACUGAUAAACGACAUGGAUAGUCUUGUAUGUACUUGUUUGAUUUCAAUGUAAAUAGCUUUUAUCUAAAACGUUUCUGGUUCCAGAUCGUACCACUUGUAUAUAAUAGACUAAUUGAUACCCCAUAUCUUUGUAUAUAUAAAUAUCCAUAUGUUGACUCUUAUAUUCCAUGUAAAUAAUUUUUUAAAAAUAAAAUAUAUUACUAGUCUUCUUAAUGAAUAUACAUAUCCUGAAUUUGUCAAAUAUGUAUACUGUCAUUUUGGUUGUCUAAUUGUAUUUUUUCCUCCUUUUUCAGGUGUACAGAGGUCGUCUCAAAUUGCGUCUAAAUUAUUGUGCUGAUUUGAAAAAUAUACUCCUUGUUGUGUCAUGCUUUACUUUUUUCUUACCGUUAACUACAUCAACAGGUGUGGUGUUAACCGUAAGUGUUCUACAUCUAAGUUAAUGGGUUAUAUCUAUUCAAGACAUCUACUUGUUAGUCGCGCACAGCAUGUUUCCUUAUACAUCGAGUGGAAUCCUGAGUAGUUUUGUUUUAACGUGCUUACGUACGUAUUCUUCCUCUACCUUACACUACUGACUUAUUUUAAGUAGCAUAAAUUUUCUAAGUAAAACCGCUUACACUAGAGCCAUAAUUCGAAUUGUCGUAAAUAGUACGGGCUUCUUUGCUUCAGAGCAUUUCCUAGACUAAGCAAACGAAUGGGUGGUGGGCUUAUCAGAAAAUUAGUUUCUGAUUAUCAGUGAUUCCUCAACCAUAUAUAUACUAAUAUAUGGUAUUAUGGUGUUUAUUGGGGAGUGCAGGUGUUAGUAGUUGGUCAAGUUCGUUUUACCUGAUUGCUCAUAUGUUAUCAUUCUGCUACAGUCUUCUCACGACUGUAUGGUAUUUCAAUACUUUCUAUGCGUUUUAUGAUCUCAGGAAGAAAUUAAUUACUUAGUUACCUCUGUAUUUUAGUGGGAUAUUUUCAUUUAACCUAACACUUCACUGAUUAAAAUCAAGUUGAGGCAUUUUAAACGAUCUAAAAAAAUCACGAAUAUAUGCGUCAUUCAUUCAAGACAAUUAUUACAUCAGAAACAAUAUGGUCGUUUUUAUACAUAACAGGUGUACUUUCCACUUAUUAGGUUGUUUAGAGCGAUAUUAGUUAAAUAAGUCAGUGAGUAAUCUGAAAACAAGGUUUGAUGUAAUGAGAUAAAUGUAAAAUCUUUCUCUUAACUCGCGAUUUUUUUUCAUUCCAUAUGAUGGAUGCUCAGCGUAAUUUUACUUAUGAUAACGGAUUUUUUUCAGUAUAAUGUAUAUUCCAGAUUUAUCCUUUAUGUUAAGUUGAUGUGAACUGUGUUCAGGAUGACAUAUAGCACACAAUUUUGUUAUGACUUUGAUACUUAUUUUUAUAAUCAAAUGGAUGUGUAAAUCAAUCGACUACGGUCAUUGUGUUUUGAAGUC